CUUUGCCAACAAUUAACAUGAUGGAUUGAUGGUAGUACUUCCAAGUUCCGGGCAUCCGGGCACUUCAAAGUUCAAAGUUCAAAGCUGAGCUCCCCCGUUGAAUCUUGAUGCAAAACUUCCUUCGUCUUUGCAACACAAAACCACAUCAAAAUCACUCAUACUACUAUCUUCUCAUCUCUAUUCUCGCUCCUUUUCCCAACAUCUGCAAUUCCAAUCAUCACAGAUUUGAAGCUUUGAGGAGAGAGAGAAAUGGCGGAUCCCGCGAAUACAGCGCUUGGAAAGAUGUUAAUGGAGCACAUAACUCCCGUAGUUAUGGUGCUUUCUACUCCUCAUGUUGAAGAGAGCUGUCAGAAGAAUGGUCUUAGCUUCGUUGAUCUUCUCUCUCCGUUCUCCGAUUUCGACAACAUUGAUGUGCCUGUACGAACAGCAAGUGAUCAGCCAUACAGGAUUAAGAAGUUCAAGUUGCGAUUAUUCAACACAUUUGAUAUUCAGAAGCCAGAACUUGAGACAGCAAAAACAAGGCUGAAUAAAGUUGUUACUGAAGCUGGGGAAAAGGAUGAUUACCAAAAUAUUCCAGAGCUACAUAAGAAUGAAAAUACUCUCUCAAUUACAGAGUCAGAAUCGUUGCCAUCAUGGUUCCAGAUAUUUAAUCAAGAGCUUAUACAAGCCUCAUCGUUUUCUGAUCAUGAAGCGUUUGACCAUCCUGUUGCUUGUCUUUUGGUUGUUUCAUCGCAGGAUGAUAUGCCAAUCAAUAAAUUUGUUGACCUUUGCAACCCAAAUAAGUUGCCCUCACUUCUGAAUGAUGGUACAAUGGACCCGAAGAUUCUCAAACACUAUGUAGUAUUGCAUGAUAAUCAAGACGGUUCUUCAGAGAAGGCAUCAAAGAUUUUGUCAGAGAUGAAAAACACGUUUGGAUCAAAUGAAUGUCAAUUGCUGUGCAUUAACUCUACACAGGAUGGAUCAGUAGAAAAUCAAGUUAACCCAUGGUCAUUUUGUAAAUCAAUCAAGGAACAUUUCCUUAAUACUGAUGAUGUUGAUCAGAUAAUGGCCCUCAUGCAAGAUUUAACUACUAAACACAUAAUUCCACACAUGGAGCAAAAAAUACGAGCCUUAAAUCAGCAGGUUUCUGCUACAAGGAAAGGUUUCAGGAACCAAAUAAAAAAUUUGUGGUGGAGAAAAGGGAAGGAAGAUAUACCAGAUACCCCAGAUGGUCCAGCGUAUACUUUCAGCUCCACUGAAUCACAAAUCAGAGUGUUGGGUGAUUAUGCCUUCAUGCUCCGAGACUAUGAUCUUGCCUUGUCAAAUUACCGGCUUAUUUCCACGGAUUAUAAGCUUGACAAAGCUUGGAAACGUUAUGCUGGCGCGCAGGAAAUGAUUGCAUUGUCAUACUUUAUGCUGGACCAAGCAAGAAAGGAAGCUGAGUACUGCAUGGAAAGUGCUUUUGCUACUUACUCAAAACUUGUGCUGCGAGGCGAGCAUAAUGCCAUUCGUUGUGGGCUUUGGUGGGCUGAAAUGCUGAAAGCAAGGGAUCAGUACAAGCAAGCAGCCAGUGUUUACUUCCGUGUUUCUGGUGAGGAACCAUUGCAGUCAGCAGUAAUGCUCGAGCAAGCAUCUUAUUGCUACUUGUUUUCAGUGCCACAAAUGUUACGGAAGUAUGGAUUUCACCUCAUUCUUUCUGGUGAUUCAUAUAAAAAGUGUGAUCAGAUGAAGCAUGCUAUUCGGAUGUACAAAACUGCUCUUUCCGUAUUCAGGGGGACUUCCUGGGGUCUAAUUAGAGAUCACAUACAUUUCCAACUUGGCAAGUGGUUUGCUCUACUUGGAAUGUCUGAUGUUGCAAUUGAGCAUAUGCUUGAAAUUCUGGCCUGUACCCAUCAAUCGAAGGCCGCACAGGAGCUAUUCCUAGGAGAUUUUAUACAACUUGUACAGAAAACUGGAAAAACAUUCGAGGUUUGCAGACUGCGUUUGCCUGUUGUCAAAGUCCCUUCACUCAGAGUUGUCUUUGAAGACCAACGAACAUAUGCUUCACCUGCUGCUGUUGGUGUAAGAGAGAGCAUAUGGAAGUCUUUGGAGGAAGACAUGAUUCCAUCAUUGUCGACUGCCAAAUCUAACUGGUUGGAAUUACAUACAAAGCUUGUGCCGAAGAAAUGCAAGCAAUCAAACAUUUGCGUAGCUGGAGAGGCGAUAAAGAUUGACAUAGGGUUCAAAAACCCACUUCAAAUUCCAAUUUCAAUCUCAAAUGUUUCUCUGAUAUGCAAAUACUUCGCUACAAGUGACGAAAUGGAAAGAAAUGAUAUUGGGUGUUCCACAAAUUUACAAAAUGACGAACAGCUUAGAAAAUUAAUUGCUGGACGUGAUGAAAACACAGACAAAGAUCUCUUCACAUUGUCUGAAGUUGACUUUUCUCUCAAUGGGGGUGAAACGCUACUUGUACAUUUGACUGUUACCCCUAAGGUCGAAGGGAUGCUGAAGUUGGUUGGGGUUAGGUGGAAAUUGUCUGGUUCUGUUGUUGGAUUUCAAAUUUUUGGGACUGAUCAAGAGAAGAAGAAGAUUGUGAAUAGGACGAAAGCUAAGCAAUCUUAUGGUAUGGAACUGACAUUCUUGGUUAUAAAGCCUCUGCCGAGGCUUGAAGGUUCCAUUCGACCCCUGCCUAAAAAAUCAUAUCUUGGGGAGUUGCAGCGUCUUGUUUUGGAAUUGAAUAACCACUCUAAUGUUCCUGUGAAGAAUCUGAAAGUGAAGAUCAGUCAUCCCAGAUUUCUUGCUCUUGGAAGUGAGGAAGCUUUGACUUUGGAGUUUCCUGCUUGUCUUCUGAAAGAUAAUUCUGAAAAGCAUGGUCAUGCAAAUCGGAGUGAUGAAAUGGCUUCCAUUUUCCAAUUCCCUGAGGAAUUUGUUAUUCAAGGAGAAGAACCACUCUUGUGGCCUAUUUGGUUUAGAGCUGCUUUACCAGGAACGAUUUCCUUGCACAUGACAAUUUAUUAUGAGAUGGGUGAUGUAUUAAGCAUCAUGCGAUAUCGGACCCUUCGUAUGUGUCAUAUUUUCGAGGUCUUGCCAUCGCUGGAUGUGUCUUUCCAAGUCAGCCGUUGCCCAUCAAGAUUGCGGGAAUUUCUUGUGCACAUGGAUGUUGUAAACAAGACUAGUUCACAGAGUUUCGAGAUUCAUCAGCUGUCAUGUUUAGGAGAUGAGUGGGACAUCACAAUGCUCAAACCUGUGAACAUCCCUUCUCCUUUAAUGGCAGGCCAAGCAUUGUCUUGCUUUUUUAAGCUUCAGAAUGGCAAGAAAGCAACCAUUUCAGAAGAUGAAGUCAUUUCUCAUUGUGGUAGCAGAGGAAGCCAUGUAAGGUUGGGUGCUCAGGUUCAAAAUGAAGAUGUGUUCGAUACAUCUUGCUCACCUAUAGCUGAGUUUCAUCGUCAUGAAAGAGCGCAUGAAGAAAAAGUUAAGCAGCAGAAAUAUGCAGAAACGGUGGACUUUGUCUUAUGGUCUCAUCCUCAUAAUAGUUAUACGAGUACCGAGUCUGCAGAUUGUUCUCGCCUUUUCUCUCAUCAUGCUUGCCUUUGCAGUGUUGCAAGUAAUGGUCCUCUUUGUUGGAUGAUGAAUGGGCCCAGAAUGAUUCACCAUGAUUUUGAUACGUCUUUCUGUGAAAUAAAUUUGAGGAUAAGUAUCUACAACUCUCUCAAUAAUGCAGUGUCUGUGCAUAUUGAUCCAAAUGAUUCUGGCCCAAGCACCAGCCAAUCAAGUAGUUCUGCUGGAGUUUCUUCUGAAAACCGAGCUGGAUGGCAUGAUGUUAACUUGGCUGGUGAAGCUAAAGUCACCUCCACUUCCCCCGAAAACACUAAACCUGGCCACCAAAAGCCAGGAGAGAGUGUAUCCCCGUUUAUUUGGUGUGGAUCAAGUUCAACCAGAGUUAAAUUGGCACCACUGUCCAUGACUGAAGUUCCUAUUCAGAUUUGCGUAUUUGCACCUGGCACUUAUGAUAUAUCCAAUUAUCAAUUGCGCUGGGAAUUGUUGCAAUCCGAUGGCGAAGCUUAUAAAGCAGACUUAAAGCAGUCUUCUGGGAUCUAUCCAGGGCAAUCCUUCUAUCUCACUGUGCUGCAGUUGACAUAAAUGAUAUGCGAGAACACUAUUUUGCUUCAAUGAUUUCUUAAGUGAAGUACUCUUUGGCUUGUUAAUCUAUUCAUUGGUAUAAAAUUGGGAAUAGGAAUUCUUAAAGGCAAAUGAUUUUAUUUAUAUAAUCUCAGGCUCGCAUUCUUUUUGGGUGAGCUCAUGUUUUAA